AUGAAGGACGGGCCAUUGCCCCAAGCGCCGAUGGACGGAAUGCCGACGCCGCCGCUGGUAUUGGCACCCGCGUCGGACCUGAAGCUUGGACCUGUGGAGGUCAUGCCGUCGCCGCGGUCGGAGCUGAACCUUCCCGUUUUCGAUAUGCCGCAGAUCCAGGGGUCGUUGCCGCCGCCGCUGUCCGACAGCCCAUCCAUCACUCCUCGCUCCGCCAGAUCGUCAGGCAAGGCCGGCUUCGAGAUCCCAACGGAGGAGGAGGCCUGGGCGGAGAUGGAGAGGAAGCUGGCGGGCGACGACGCCGAGGGGUGGCUGGACGAGCUGGCGUGCUUCCUGGAAGAGGACCUGGCCGCAGAGGCGCCGGAGGACGUCAGGGUAGCCACCCUGGUCGAGCUGCAGCGCAGGCGCCGCCAGUUCGAGCCAGCCGCGAAGCUGGACUCCGCACGCGACUCCAAGCCGCCCUCGAGCGCUCCAACCAGCCUGGGCGACACGCGGGCACGCACCUUCGAGUCUUCGGCCAGGAGAAGGAGGAGGCGGAGUCGGCACUGGGCGAUGCCAGCAAGGCGCAAGGCGAGGCUGAUCGUGACGCGAGCAAGGCCAGCUCGGUGCCAUAUUUUACGGGUCAGACAUGGGACGUCGAGAAUCCGCAUGCGGCCUGGAAGCGCGACGCCAGCAAGCAGAGCGCGUGUGGGCGUGCCGCCAGCAAGGCCAGCUCGACAACAGAUCCUACGAACAGCAUGGUGUGGCGCGUCAUCGCCUCCCGACGCAGGAUAA